CACGUGAUAAUGUCAUAAGACUACCAAAGUAGCGCUCGCAUAUCCGGUAUCAUUCGUAUCCGCGCGCACAUCGUUCCAGUCAGCAAUUCCACUCCAAUGGCAAUGGCUGAUGUGUUCCCUAUAGAGCUCAAUGAUGGCCAUCAAACGCCUGAUGGUGAAGAAGAAUGGAUGGACGCCGAAACUGGUGAACCAGAGCUAUUUGUUCACACGCCACCUAGUAACUGCGAGUUGGAGAGUGUGGAUUUGAAUGAGGAGACAGUCAACCCCACGGCAGAACGUGUCGGUCCUGAACAUUUCGAGUUGUUGAAAGUUUUAGGUAAAGGAGGAUAUGGCAAAGUUCUACAAGUAAGGAAGGUAUCUGGAGUGAACAAGAGCAAAAUAUUUGCAAUGAAAAUCUUAAAGAAAGCUAAGAUUGUGAGGAGCCACAAGGAUACAGUACACACAAAAGCCGAGAGAAACAUCCUAGAAGCAGUAAAGAGCUCGUUUAUUGUGGAUCUCUACUAUGCUUUCCAGACAAAUGGAAAACUUUAUCUCAUUUUGGAGUAUCUUAGUGGUGGCGAACUAUUUAUGCAGUUGGAGAGAGAGGGAAUAUUUAUGGAAGAUAGUGCUGUCUUCUAUUUAUCUGAAAUUACGCUCGCAUUGGGUCAUCUCCACAGUGUGGGAGUCAUCUAUAGAGAUUUAAAGCCUGAAAAUAUUCUAUUGGAUGCUGCUGGUCAUGUCAAGUUGACUGACUUUGGCUUGUGUAAAGAGUCAAUUAUGGGAGAUGCCAAAACUCACACAUUCUGUGGAACUGUGGAAUACAUGGCUCCAGAGAUAUUAAUCCGUGCUGGCCACAACAAAGCUGUUGACUGGUGGAGUCUUGGGACUCUCAUGUAUGACAUGAUGAGUGGAUCGCCUCCGUUUUGUGCUGAAAAUAGAAAAAAGACUAUUGAAAAGAUUUUAAGAGGCCGACUCACUUUACCUCCCUAUUUGUCAAGUGAAGCUAAGAUGUGCUUGAGAAAGCUUUUGAGAAGAGAUCCGAGGACAAGACUUGGUGGUGGAGAUCUAGACGUUGAAGAAGUGAAGGCCGAUCCUUUCUUUCGACAUCUCAACUGGGCCGACGUGCUUGCCAAACGAGUAGAACCUCCCUUUAAGCCAGCAGUGACAGGAGAUGAUGACACCAGUCAAUUUGAUGCCAAGUUUACUCAACAGCCGCCUGUGGAUUCGCCCGAUGACUUAACCAGUAGCGAAAGUGCCGGGUUCCAUUUCAAGGGAUUUACGUAUGUUGCACCGUGUGUACUAGAAGAUCUCCACAGACCGGAGCCGCUUCCACGACUCGGGUCACCUCGAAAGAGAAUCGCGAGUCCACACUUUCCCAUCAGUCCAGUAAAAGGUACAGGCAAGGUUGUAUUUGGCUUCGAUGGCCCAUCAAGUAGUCGUGCAUCACCGAUGGAUACGGGAACUCUAUCCCACACUGCUGCAACUUGUCAAGCUCACGGCGAGCAAAGACUGUUGGUGACACGUCCAAUCAAGGCAGCGUCACCUCACCAGGGAAAAACUCACUCGAGUAAUGGUGUUAGUAAGAGGCCAGAGCAUCUACGACUUGCUGAGAAAUUUUGAAUGUCGUGGUUUGAUUAGCAUUUGCUAGCUUGAAAUGUAUUGGAGAGUGUGAUAUUUCUGACAUAGCAAGGAUAAGAUGGAGUGUUUUUUAUAGCAGUCUUUGGAUUCUAAGUUUACUAAUAUUGCAUCCUGCAACUGUGCUGCAGACGAUGCCUUGAGUUGCUAAGAUUAUAUUCUCCUAUCAUCUGCACUACA